AUUCAAAACAUAUUUUAAUUAAUGGGUUAGGUUAGAGUUAAGAGUUAAGACUACUUAUCACAAACUUUUCCGAUUUCUAAUUAUGGAAGAAGCAAAUUCAACACCUGAAGCGUUGCAAAGGAAGCUUUACUUCCUCCUGGAGCAAUUACAAGUCAUGGCAAGAGAAUUGCCACCAAAAUACCAAAUGAGAGUACCAAUAGAACUCCUGUCGGGACUCGCAAAUUGCCUCCUAAAUGAGACUGUGUUUGAAAUAGUAAAAGGUCUAAUGGAAAUACAGCAUGUCACAGAAAAACAUUUAUUCCAGCAGCGGCUUCAUAUCAUAAACAAACAUACAUUGGAAAUAAGGGACAUGAUAAAUAGUACACCUAGCCCUGAGCAGCAAGAAGUUAAAAGAAAUAUUUUGUUAAGGAGACAAAAGGAAGAGCUUAAACAGACUGAUAUGAAGUUAGUAAUACAAUUGGACCAAAAAGUAAGUGAUCAGCAGGACACCUUAGAAAAGGCUGGAGUACCAGGAUUUUUUGUCACUAGCAAACCAAUAGAAGUCAAAGUUCAAAUGUAUCUGCUCGACUUUAUACUUAGGCUUAGUAAAAUGAAUAUACCUUGAGUGGC